UACUUGCGUGUGAAUUUGACAAAGAAAGAGUCAUAGUAUAAAUUAUUAUAACCUACUUGGGAAUGUUCUUAGAGCUAUCUAGUUAUCCUACAAAAAUGAGAAAUUGGUAUCAUGGUAUUUUUUUUAUAGCAUAGUUGGGGAUGUUCUAACAGCUAUCUAUUCAUCCAAACAUAUUAUUGAAUUUUUGGGUGAGAAAGAGUCCUCAAAUUUUUUCUAUUAAUAUGGUAUUCUUACCCUUCCCAAAAAGCAUCAACCAUUAACCUUCAUCAUUUGCUAAAAAAAAAAAAAAAAAGAAAUACGGAGUAUUUCAUUAUGGCCUCAUCCUCUACAGGAAACUCAAUGCUCUUCACAGCAUACAUUGGAGCAAUGUACAAAAACAUAAAAUUUUCAGACGUACCAAUCAACAAAAAUGUGCAAUUCAACUUCCUUCUUUCAUUCGCUAUCGAUUACACAGAAUCCCCUUCUUAUCCAACCCCCACCAAUGGCAAAUUUAACAUCUUUUGGGAUCAUUACAAACUCACUCCUUCUGAAGUUUCCUCUAUCAAAAACAAGCACCCAAAUGUUAGGGUAGGCGUAAGCAUAGGUGGUGCUACUGUUUCGAACCACCCAGUUAACUUCAUGCCCAGUUCAAUAGAUUCAUGGGUCUCAAACGCUGUUUUUUCAUUGAAGGAUAUCAUCAAUAAGUAUCAUCUUGAUGGUAUUGACAUCAAUUAUGAGCACUUUGAAGGAGGAAGUGACACUCAGACAUUUGUUGAGUGCAUCGGACGGUUGAUAAAGAAUCUCAAGGAGAAUAAUAUAGUGAAAUUUGUGUCAAUAGCUCCAUUUGAUGAUGACGAAGUCCAAAAACGCUACCAGGCUCUGUGGACGAAAUAUGGGAAGUAUAUAGACUACGUUAAUUUUCAGUUUUAUUCAUAUGAGCAAAUCACGAGUAAAUCCGAAUUCAUCACUUAUUUUAAGAAUGAAAGGGAAAAUUACAAAGAUGGUAAGAUAUUGGCAAGUUAUAUUAGUGAUGGAAGCAAAGGGCUAAAACCAGGAAAAAAAAUCUUUAAAGCUUGUAAGAAGCUUAUGGAAAAGAAUUUACUACACGGGAUCUUCUUUUGGUGUGCUGAUGAUUCUAAGGAAUUGAAGUUCGAGCAUGAAGUUAAAGCUCAAGAAUUGCUUGCAACACCUUGAUUUUUCAAUCUUUCUGUAAUUAUUUUGCUUUCUAGGAAAGUUGCAUGAUUUUACUUGCUUAUUAGGGGUAAGGUUUUGCAUGUAACAAAAAAUAUGUCGUUAUAUGUACUGUCUUUCAAAGUAAGUUAUUAUAUAUGUUGACCUCACAUACUUGAUUGUUUUGAAUGAGGA